AUGUUUCUAGACGUUUCCCUGAUCCUGCAGUUUAUCCAGUCUGCAGCAGAAGAGCAAGCUCCUGGAACUAAGAUAGCCGCAACCGAGGAUAGGCUCGCCAAGACGCUGCAUUUUGGAUCACCUUCAGAUCCAGUGUCACAAACAGGUGGUCGGUUUGCAUGGGCAUUGCUCAUAUUUUCUCCGGAUCAACAGCCUGCUGGGUUGCUGAUUUAUUUCCAAAAUUAUUCGACCUGGACGGCUGCCCCUGGUGUGUGCCUGGAAGAGUUAUACGUUGUGCCUGAAUAUCGGCGCCAUGGAUAUGCGCAGAUACUAAUUGAAACGAUGGCGUCUGCGGCGGAAGUAGCAGGUUGCGUUAAAAUGGACUGGGUUUGCCUUUUGGACAAUGAGAAAGCACUGGGAUUCUAUGACAAACUAGGGGCAAAGCGAAUGAAUGACUGGACCGUCUUGAAAGUUGACAAGGCCUGUAUACGAGAGCUGGCCGCUAGAGGGAAGGAGUCCGGCGCAUGUCCCGAGCUUCACAGUGCAGGUAUCUGA